GUCGCGAUGAGCGCUCCUCCCCAGACGGCCACUCUCUCCUUCUCAGAGACGUCGACGCCGACGGGCUCGAUGCAGCUCGAAUCGGCCGCGGGUCCGUCCAGCGCGCAGACACCCACUCCCACCAAGGCAGGCGUUCAAACGCGCCAGAAGCGCAUCCUUCCUGCCCGCUCGCGUAGAGGUGGACCCGGCGUGGGCAGCUGCGAUGCGGACGUGAUGAUAAUCGAUACUCUGAAGCGACAACACGAGAGCGAGCCCCUUAUCCCUGCGGACACACCCCUUUUGCUCACCACGAAAUCUUCGCUCGUGCCUGCCUCGUCUGAAGCUGGCGAUGUCAGCUUCGAGAUGCAGUUGAACACGUCCGCGUACGAACGAUACUUCGAUAAGCCAGAGGUCUUGAAGGCCUAUAGGGAGCAGCAAGUCAUCCAGACGCCAGAGUUUCAUCUCUUGCCGGUACAUGAGGCGGUGGGUGGGAGAUUCAGGCCAAGGAUUACUGAAGACGACGGUGCGGACACGUCGGACGCGGUCUACGAGAAGAGGCACCGCAAAUACGAGACGUUCGAAAAACGGCAGAGGCUCCGCGAGAAGGAGAAGCUCCAACACGAGCACUAUAAGCUCAAGGAGCGGAUAGACCAGCUUCGAUCUAUGGACGUCACCGCAUUUCUCACCCUGCCCGCCUCUUCCUUCGCUGCCAACCCAAAGCACUCCCAGGCUAGUGCUCCAGAGGCCGAAGACCAUCCUACAUCCCUGACGCACAACUCUACCAGUCUUCAAGAGGGCGAACGCCGGAAGAUGGCCAUGCUGACUGCAGCCGAGGGUCUGGAGAAGCGAUACCGGACGCUCCUUGAUCCAGAACAAAAGCGCUCCAACAGGGAGAAAUCGAGACAACAAAGCACCGACACAAACUCUGCUGCUGCUUCUACUCAAGCUGCCGCCCGAGAGGCGGAAGAGGCCGCCUCUCAGGCUGGCGAACACGACCGUGGCACCUCCAAGGACCGUAGUGCAUCAAUAAAGCUCCUCAUCAAGGUCCCCACAAAAUUUCCCUCCCUAGCGACUCCUCGGCCUUCAGCACCACCUCCACACAAACAAUCCUCCUCACAACCUCCAGCCCCAAAGGGUGCACAGCCGCGCGCCCAUAAGGCGCAUGUCUCUUCGUCACUAGCUUCGGGAGCCGUCCGGUCUCCUUCCACACACCCUCCACCAGCACCAGCACCAGCUUCGCGCCACACAUUUAUAUCGCAGAACAUGGCUUCAUCGGCCGCCAACCACUCAGCAUCCGCGCCUCCCCUUAUCCGGGUCGAUAAUCGUCAGCGUGGGCCCAACGGCAGGUUUCUUCCUAGACCCGAACCGUCACCUGGCACGCCCAACUCUCGUCCCAAGAAACGACAGCGUAUCGAGGGGGAGGAGGAAUCGCCAUCGGCACCUCCACUAUCGCGCUCUCAUCAUGCCGUACAUCCUCGAGCUCCUCCGCAAUCGCUGCUUUUGCUGGCAGCUAUGCGGAGUGCGGAGGCGCCUUCUGCCCGGAAGACACAGAGGAAUGUGACGGCGUUUGGGUACAAGGUCCCUCCCGAGCUGGAACGGGUUUAUGACUUUGAUCUACCGUGGUGGGCUUUACCAGGAAGCUCGCUCGAGUCGGACUACGAACCAGAUUCUGAUCACGAUCAAGACUACGAUUACGGACAACACCACCAGCAAGAGCAGCAGGGGCAAGAGGAGGAAUCGUCGGUAACAUACGUCAGGUCUGAUAACGGGGAGGAAGAGAUGCCGGAGGUUGAGAGCGACGAAGAGGAGGUGGAUCAACUUGAGGGUGAUGCCUAGGGCUGGUCAUUGACCGUAGUCGACAUCUCCCCCUUAUUCUUGCUGUGUUUUGGUUUUCCAGAUUGAUGUAUACUUAUUUGCGUUUUUUGUUUCUUCGAUCGCAUGCUUUUCCUUUCACCGGUUAGACAGAUGUAGCAGGGAGUGUGUGCCUGAGAAUUUACGCUGCAGGGCAAGGAAAUGACGGGAAAUAUGACAACUAAAAAGCCUGCCUACUCAUUGCUUCGCCUGCACCGCCUGCACCUUCCUCGGCUUGACUAGGCCCUCAAUGACACCAAGCACUAGCUUCCUAUCCGGGGGACUCAAAUCCUUCUUCAACGCAUACCGAGCAUACCGCACCGGGCCCACGGUAUGGCGGGUCGCCUUGCGGAUGGGCGAGUAGCGAGAAUAAUCCCCAGCGAAACGUUCCAAAGUCUGUCGCACCUGGAUCCUCCGAAGAGAAGGUAUCGUGGUGGCGACAGUCGAGGGCUUUUUCUUGGGUUUCGUAGCCUUCGCGGCGACCUUGGUUUCAUCUGGGGUGGUGGUGGUGGUGGCGGCGGCGGCGGCAGGAGAGGCGCGCUGAACACCGAAGAGGCUGCCGAGGUCGGUAGACGCGAUCGUCAUGUUUUUGGCGAUAGACUCUUCUCGUGCGAGGCGUUCAGCCUCACGAGCCUCACGGCGGGACUGCUGGCGGGAUGUUUUCGCUUCGUCGGCUGUGGCCCUGCGUUUGGGUCGAGCAAUGUCUGCGGAGGGCUUCGCCGACGAUGAUUGAGCUUGUGUGGCCGAGGGUGACGCUCCUUUCGUUACAGAGUCGAGGAAGGAGGAUGACGAGGGGGGUGAUGGUUCGGGUGUGUGUGGCAUUUGUUGCUGCCUCCGCCAGAGACGAUCACUGAGGGACGAUUGGACAACACCGUCCGUCCAACCGAAGGUAGCAGGUGUGGGCGUUCGUUGAGGAGUCUUAUCGACCAGAUUGAACCUUCUGGAGCCUGCAUUUUGGUUGGACGAUUUGUUAGAGUAGUCAGAGUUAUUAGGUGACCGAGAGCGGGCCGAUUGGAAAACAAACUUAGGGGCGUUGUAGAUAGGGACACCAGCAAAGCUGCUCGCAGCCAGACGAGCAGAAAGAGAGGAUUUCGGGGCCUCGCUCGGUUCAGCCUGUGUUGAAGGCUCGGCGUCUGUGCUCUGUUCGAGCCUCGGCGCUGUUGUGGACAGCGAGCGCAGGGUGCACCGGCGGGCAAGUUGGUUUUGCGAGUGGCGAAGGACGAGCAUGAUG